AUGGUGUUUGAAGGGAUUCUUACCAAUAGUGCAACAGAAAUAUUAAAGAAAUUGGUCCCCGUUGUUGCUCAAGAAAUUAGUCUGGCAUGGGGUGUCAAAGAUGAACUGAAAAAGCUUCAAGACACCUUGGAGAUGAUUCUUCUUGUGAUAGCUGAUGCUGAAAGGAAGCAACUGAAUGAUGCAGCUAUAGGUCUUUGGUUGAGAAGGCUUAAAGAUGUUGCUUAUGAUGCGAAUGAUGUGAUGAAUGAGUAUUGUUACGAAACCAUGCGUCGGUCCGUGAGAGGGAACAACUUGAUGUAUAAGGCUCGUGAUUUCGUGUCAUCUUCCAACCCACUUGCAUUUCGUUUCAAGAUGGAUAGAAAAAUCAAACAUAUCAAUCAGAGGUUAGAUGGAAUUACCAAAGAUAUGAGCAGCUUUCAAUUGCAAAUUACAUCUGCUACCAGUACUGCUAUUCCUCCUGGUGAAAGCAGUGAGCAACGAAGCCGACAAACCGCAUCCUCUAUAAAUGAAUCAGACAUUUUCGGAAGGGAGGAUGAUAAAAAAAGUAUAAUAGAUCUGUUAACUAAGUUUAUUCCAUCAUCUUCAUUAUCAACAUCAUCGGAUAGUAAUCUUGAAAAGGUCUCCGUCGUUUCCAUAGUGGGGAUGGGAGGACUUGGUAAAACAACUCUAGCUCAGCUUGUCUACAAAGAUGAAUUGGUAAAUAAACAGUUUGAGCUAACAAUGUGGGUCCAUGUAUCUGAAUAUUUUGAUGUAGAAAAGCUCCUAACAAAAAUUAUGGAGUCCUCAACUCGUAAUGGGUUUGAUACUUUAUCGAACUUCGAUGUACUGGUGAGUUAA